AUGCGUCUCACUGCUAGCGAACUUCGCCAUGCCAAGAUACCCUUCAAGGUCAUCACGGACAGCAUGGCAGCUUGGACUAUGAAAACACACAAAAUUGACGCUGUGCUCACUGGCGCUGACCAGGUAGCUCUCAACGGAGACACGGCGAAUAAGAUUGGUACUUACAUGCUGGCUGUGCUUGCUAAGCAUCACAAUAUUCCAUUCUAUCCUGUGGUAAGCAACUUUGCUUUUUUAUGCGAUGUGCUGAUGCUAACUAUAACACAUGCGCACUGUUACUGCAUGCCGUCGCUUGCAGUAUUAUUGGAUAGCUAGAG